UUUCACAGCAAAAUACAUUAAAAUUGAAUGAUUUAAGAAUGAUCAUAGUGGUAACUUUGCUCUCUCACAGAGUACAGUGUAACACUAACUUGUGAGUGAUAAUUAAAAGUGACUAACUAGUGAGAACAGAGAGCAAAAAUACAUUUGAUGGUAGAUAUUACAAAUGUCACAUGUAAUUUAAUUUCUUUUCGAGGUCUUCCAAUUGUACCUCUCAAUAUGAAUGCCUCAGGAACAGGCACAGUAGGACCUGAGCUGUGUUGGAAUACUCAUACUAACCGCACUAACCGUACUAUUUGUGACGGAAAUUGAGUAUGUAGUCUGCUUAUUGGCCAUAGUAUGGAUAUAGUUAGUAUGCCACAGGUUCCCGGAUGUCGUACUACAUUAGUCAAAAUAGGAAGUAUAACAAGCAGUGGACACUAUUUCUGUGCUUUUGGGGCUCAUAAUGCAAUUCUUCAGAAAAUGGGGGUGGCUUCACAACAUUUUCAGAUUUGUAGAAAAUGGCAAAAAUAUGCCGUCCGAUGAGAGCAGACACAAAUGCAUUGCUUUAAGUAAUUAUGACAUAUUUUAAGAAAAUGUUCAGCAAUGUAAUAAUGUAAUGACUUUUCAAAUAAGUGACGUUACACAUUAUGUUGGGUGACAAUUUGUUAGGUACGCUAGCCUUACGAACCGCAUAGCAUAUCAUUGCAGCAGUUGCUUGUAUGUACCGGAAUGUUAGCUGGCUACCUAACGUUAGUUGGCUACUAAUACAUCAAACCACAUUAACUAUAUGCUCUCUAACUAACUACCCAAUAUUUACUGACUUUACUAUUCAGGUCAUUCUUAGGUUAGUUAAGUGGUAUAGUCAUUGUGCGUUCUCGUUGGACAUUGUUAAUGAAGUUGUAAGAUGUCUAGCUAGUCAUUUGUUAGCUAUGCUAACAAGCUAGCAAGAAGUUGCAUAGCAACAGCAGGCAAAGCUCUAGACAGGCAAAGCUCUAGUACACUCUACUGAAAGGAUACUGUUCGUUUACAGUAUACUAAAAUGAAAUUAUAGUAUGUAGUAUGUACUCAUUAAGUAUGUAGUAUACAGUAUGUAAGUAUGAGUAUUCGAACACAGCACUGGUUUCUUGUUGAAACUAACUGUAACCUUUUACUUCCUUCUUCAACGUCACUAGAUGGAAAUCAAUAACAUCGAUAAAAAGAAGACAAUCGUCUUUUCUGUUAUUUUUCUACUUGUUUUGAUGGUAAUCUUAGUUUUAAUCUUCGGCAUUCCCCAUUCAAAGGAUGGAGAAACUGAGAAUGGAGGGAUUCAAGAUGGAGGGAUGCAAGAUGGAGGGAUUCAAGAUGGAGGGAUGCAAGAGAUUCUACCUCUAGACAUGGUCCGUUCUUCUGUUGAUGACAAAUAUGAUGGGUGCAGAGAUUUAAUGUUAUGGGAGGUUGAAAACAUGUACCUCUUCGAUGAGUUAAAAACAAAUCCUCAAUUCAAUACAUCCUGGAACAUAGCAAAACCACACGCUAUACCACAUGGAGACAGUUUGAAUACAGAGCAUUCUAUUGCUAUCUAUUUGUAUACAAAAAACAUACCAGGAUCAAAUUCCAAAUCAAUGUACCUGGACUUUAACAAAGCAGUUCAAGAGGGCCAUUCUGCAUAUAUGACAUCAUCAUUCAAGUACCAUGCACUGCAUUUCUACCUGACUGACGCUGUUCAGAUUCUUAGAGAAAGACAAGAGACAUGUAAGGAAACCUUUCACAGAACCAACAAGAAGUUUGAUAUGAGUGUUCUCAACCACGAGAUCCGUUUCGGCACCUUCGCCACAAGCUCUUUAAGAUCCGACUUAACCAAUUUUGGGAAUGUGUCUUGCUUUGAGAUCCACACUUGCUUUGGUGCUGAGCUAACUUCUUACUCUGCCUUUCCUGAAGAGAGAGAAGUUUUAAUUCCUCCAUAUGAGAUUUUUGAAGUCACCAAAAUCCAGACAAAGUCACCAGUGAAUAACCUGUUGUGUGAAGUCGUCUACACACUAAAGAGCAAGGGAACAGACACUGAUCUGAAUUGCAAAUUGAUUUUGAGUGGAGGAGAAUCAAACAUUAUCAGAGCAUCAGAUACAGGCUACAUAAUACUCUAUAUUAUGUUGAUAACUACUGUAUGUUACUGAUCAUUACCACCACCUCUAACAAUGAGAAGUAGCCUGAUCUGACACAACAGCUGCCCCAGCUUCACAGUGUAGAGAUUCUGGCUGUGUUCCAGGCCAGCUACAUUGCAGACGCAUGCCUAAUCUCACACCUGUAUAGGUCUUUAACAUAUCAACUAACCACAUCAUUUAGCAAUCUGAUGCCCGACUGCACAGUCGAUGAUGUGGCACACAACCAUUGGUUGAUGCAAUGCAUUGUCUGCAAUGUAUUCGACCUGGAAUGCAACCCCUGUUAAUGCUUGUAUUAACCUGCAUUGAUUAAUCGGUUGCAUAUUUUUUUUACUGCUACUGUUUUGAAAUGGUUGAGAUUACAUGUCUGGUCACGUGUAAUAUUUUCUUGACAUUUGCUGGCAUGUACACCGUGACCGCGGCUACCUACAGUACACCUGGCAGCUUUUGAGUUUUGGAAGGGGAGGGAUUUUUCGGCCAUACGUUGCACGCGACUUACAGAGAGAGGGGGAGGGCUACCAAAGAUGAUCGUCCCUGGUUCCACCACUAGUCCAACAUCUCAACCCCCCACAACCAACACUAGUAACUGUCUAGAGGCCAGUGCUCAUGUAAUAAUGAGUUGCCGAGAUGAAGCCAAAGAGAACCAUCCACUAUCAUCACAUCUGAAUGACAUUGUGGUUAACAUGAUAAAGCUUUUUUCACAUUACACCAUUUUCAAAAUCAGCCUUAUGGCUGUACAAAGAAAUGACACGUUAGUACUGGCUUUAAAGCUUGCUUCACAUUACAUGGUUUACAAAAUACUUCAGUUGUAUUACCUUUCACACUAUGCAAGUCUUGACAGGAUUGCAUGUGUCCCAUCAUGUCUAAUCUACAAUGAAUUAUAUCAGACAAACUGACUCAAUUGAACCUAAGGUCAGUUCGUAAUGGGUUGUAAGAAUAACAAGAGUGAGGAGAGAAUACAACUUGGAGAGCUCUGAGGCUGAGUGAGAGGGUUGGGUGAGAGAGCACUGAGAAGGGUUAGUCGUUUUCUGUCUGUGAGGUCACUGGCCAUACGCCUCUCAGAUGAGUGGGAGGAGACAAAACAAAGAUGAUUGAUGCAGCUAUAGUAUCAAACCUAAAUAUCAUGCUAGCCUUUUCAUGGGAGGGAUAUUCUGUCGGUUUCAUUAAGUACGUUGUUCACCUGGAAAAACUGGUUUAAGAGACUCAAACACAACCAACACACAUUGAUAACAUAUAAGAACAAUAUAGGCCAUAGGUUAAUAGAGAGAAAGAACUAUAUGUAGGCUUCUGUCUGGUAUGUUGUUCUACCAUAUGACUAAACACACUGGCCAAGUCCAACUCCCCAUACUAACUAGUAGGCUGAUGGAUAUGAGAAAAUACUAUGUUUUAUAAUAUGUGACAUUUCUAAUAUUGAGUAUGGUUUCAAUGCCAGGUCGUCAUCAUAAUUUCAGUUUUUAAUCUAGUGUUCUUCACUACAUUCUAUUGAGGAAGAGAAUUGUCACUUCAGACCCAGAUGAUAAUCAGCUGAUAAUAAGAUAAGUGGAUAGACAGUAGAAGACACAUUCUCAGUAUGGGUGAACCUAGUAUGUUAAUAUUUGUUGCUUAUUGCAUACAUUUUAUCUAGACUACAUUGUAAAUAGCGUAGUAAUAACCAGACAGAUAACCAUGUAGCGUAAUAUUAAUGUGAGAGAUCCGGCCGGCUCACCAGGCUCCAUUCUAAAUAGUGUGUAGUAUGAUCAGAACACAGUAGUUAUAGUCAGUAGUAGUCAAGACAGAUGUCAGACAUGGCGGUUUGCCUAAGAGGCAGGUUGACAAUAAACAUCAAAUAGUACAACAAUCAAGGAUAUAUUUUAGUCAUUGACCUUUUUUUAAUUGAUCUGAUGAUCAAUAUUCAUAUGAUUGUCUCACACCUGUUAAUGGGCCACACACUUAUUUAGAAGUUGGAUUCUGGUGGAACAAAUGUUUUAAAUAGAUGGUUGACAGGUCCUUCAGUUUAGGUAGGCUGCAGAGACAUGGAGCCUUAUUCACAGUUACCAGAAGAGGGAAGCAUUUCACUUAACCAGCUAAAGGCCUGAUUGACAGAGAAAGUUCAGACUAGGGUUAUUCAAAUCCAGUCUCACACAGUGGGGAUCAGUUCUGUGAUUGCCUAAAUUCAACACAACUGGUCUUCCAGGUAGGUUAAAUUCAAAACAUGAUUUGCCUGGGCCCCUCCAGGACCAGGGUUGCCUACAAGGUGCAGUACUUCCCAACCCUCUCCUCUGGGUUCACCAGACAGGCACACCUGCAUCAAUUAGUAAAGGGUUUGAUGGUUAGUAGACUGAAUCAGGUGUGCCAGAUUAGGACCACUGAAAACCAAACACACACUAAUGUACCCAGAGGCCUUUAGUGAAAAGACACGGUUCAUUCUGGACAGAAGCCGUAAGAGGGCAGUAUUUAACUCCACCAGCUAAAGGGAUGAUUGGCAGACAAAACUCAGACUGGAAAAACCUCUUUCUGUAGUGCUGCAGGUACUGCAGGAUUUUGUCGCAACUACAGACCACACUGAGCUACUUAGCUAAUUGAUCAGUUCAGUGAUUGCCUAAAUUCAACACACCUGGUCUUCCAGGUUAAAUGAAAAACAUGAAGUGCCUGCAGCACUACAGGACCAGGGUUACUUACUUGGUGCAGUACCUCACAACCCCCUCCUCGGAAACGACCAGACUGGCACACCUGCAUCAAUUACACACACACACACACACACACACACACACACACACAGACAAUGCAAAUAAACGAACAGAAAAACAUGUAAAAUGUCUGCCUUCUUCUCCGACGCCAUCUUAGUCAUCUGUCCUGUUAUAAAUGAUACCCACAUUGUUUGCUUAUAUUGUUCAUAUUUCUUCUGCCAGUGAAUUGACAUUUGUUGUCAUGUGCACUGCAGCUUUUGUUAAAACCAAUAAAGAAAAGCAUUCAGCAUUA